AUGACAUGUCCCAACAACGUGCUCCCCGGUUCUGUCCUCAUGGAUUCCUUGGUAGGAGGAUCUUCCGCCUACAGAGAUGAAAGCUAUUGCGACAGCCCGGUGAUGAUGUACAUGCAGGCGGAUGCUCAGUUCGCCUGCUCCUUGACAAGACACUAUGGAGUUGUAGGUUCUGCCCUCGCUAAAGGUGACGAGGCCUCUCCGAUCGGUCCGCCUCGCAGCGUCUACAGUCAGCAGCCUUACUUGUUGUCUCAGUUGGACACUUGGGGAGAAGAUCCCAAAACUUCCCCUAGAAUCGAGCAGCCUGUUGCCCUGAGCCUGCCACUGUGCUCCUUCUCCGCGGACAGUGUGAAAGAGGAGGCUGUGUGCGGUCUGUACCGUGACGAAGUAAACGGGAGCAAAGAGAGUGGCGAGCCAGUGACCUACACUCGACUGUCAAACAGCACCUUGUCUGACUGCCCUUCGCUGUCUGCAUCAAACUUCUUCACACUGAGCCAGGAGGACUCAGGUGUAACGUCGCAUGAGGAAGACAGGCUCGACUCAAGCUUUACUUCUGCCUCCAAAAUGAUACCUCCUGGUGAGGCAGUCCUUCAAGGGCCAUUCACUGACAUCAGCAAACAGGCCCGAAGCUUAACCGCACCAGAAACGGCAGAAAUAAAGAAUGAGGGGCGCAGCGGCAGCAUGGUAAAAAGAGACUCGGAAGAGGUGAGAGUUUCCAGGAUGGACAGCUGCACAGAUCAUUCAGACAGCGACGUGAGAGAGGACUCAAAAGUGGAGAAAGCCACAGGGAACUGGCUGACAGCGAAAAGUGGACGAAAGAAGAGGUGUCCGUACACGAAACACCAGACGCUCGAGCUGGAGAAAGAGUUCUUGUUUAACAUGUAUUUGACUCGCGAGCGCCGACUGGAGAUCAGCAAGAACAUCAACCUUUCUGACAGACAGGUCAAAAUUUGGUUCCAGAACCGCAGGAUGAAACUGAAGAAAGUGAACAGAGAGAGUCGCGUGCGCGAUCUCGCUUCGGACUAUGACUACACCUAAUAAAGUAACGCUUGGUUUAUGCUCCCUUGCACCCCCCCCCCCCCCCCCGGUACACACAAAUGCACGAAUCCAUAAGUGCAGCAUCGUAACAGCAUCGCAAAAUAGAACGAAGCCAGUCAGCAAAUCAAAAACAAAAAAAAAAAAACAUUUUGAAGCCUACAGUUUACUCAUAGGUAUAAAUAUUGGAAGAAAACUAUGACGCAGGUUGCUUAUAGGGCGUGCAUUAUGCAAAGCAAAAUUUGUUCACCUACCAGUAUUGCCUGUGCAAUGUGUCAUAAAAGUGGUGUAUGCCUAGUGUCGUAACAGUAUAUGUAUUUUAAGGUAUAAAUAAGUUCUUUCUUGUAAUUAAAAUAUGUGUUCUGGUAGGCUACAUGAUGUUGUAUGCCUGUUUAUUUGUGUGCUACCUGAUGUAUUGACUGACCUUAUUACUUGCAUGUAGAUAUUAUAUUUGAGCCCGCCUCCUAAACUGAACAAAAUAUACU